AUGGGCCGCCGCAAGACGGCCUGCCGCUUAUGCGCGUCGAUCAAGAGCGCGUGUGACCGGGGUCGCCCUUGCGCUCGGUGCACACGCCUGUGUCUGACUUGCAUUUACGAUGGUAUCAAUUCCAACCGCUCCAAUCUUCCCACGACCCGGCGAAAGCCGUCCAACACCGCCGCAUUGCCCACUUUGCCCUCUGGGCCGGCCGCUAUCCAGCGGUCUCGGCUUGGCUGCAAGGCAUGCCACGCGAGGCAUAAAAAGUGUGACGAGCAGCAGCCUACGUGCGGCGACUGUCCGCGACUUGGCCGCCGGUGCAUGCCGCGCAGUCCGACGGCAAAAGUGUUGGACGCCGAUCAGAGCCCAAGCUCAAUUGACCAGGUUUCAUCUCCCGGGGUUCCAACAAGGACCCCGCCAAGCACAUCGGCGGCCGGAGAACCCCCGGACUGGAUCACCUUAAUCCAGCGUGAGUCGCUGGCUCAUGCUAACUCACACGCCUCAGCCCUCGCCUUUAGCAGCGCUCUGGUCGACGAUGCUGUCAUUCCGGUCCCCGAGGAAGGGGACCGAUACGUGACCUUCAUCCUCCCAUCGGCUAUGGGCAAGCUUUGCGGCGUCGGCCAGCAGGACCUGGCAUCCUGGGCCAUCGCCCACCGCCAUCUGCUCAACCACUUUAUCCUGGCAGUCUCGCGUUCGCUCGUCGUCGUCCACGAUGACGACAACCCAUUUUUGGUGCUCGUCGUGCCCAAAGCGCUCGAGAGCGACGUUGUCAAGCGAGGGCUCCUGGCCCUCGCUGCAUGUCAUCUCGGCAUCGUCUAUCCCCAGUUCCGCCAUGAUCACCGCACGCACCGGGCCGCCCUGCUCCAGCACAUGCGGGAGUGCGCAGAUGGAAAUGAAGGCUUCCAGGUGACGCACCUGCUCGCCAUGCUGCUCUUGACACUAGCUGAGAUUUGUCACGGCACUUCGAGAGCGUGGCACGCCUGCCUUGACGGCUGCCGAGUCAUUCUAGACCGUGUGGGCGACACUCUAGCCUUCCCUGACCCCGCGAGUGAGUUUAUUGUCCAGCUGUACUCCUACCUCCGCCAUAUCGCAUGUGUCACGAGCGACAAGACAGUGCUCGCCCACCCGCUUGAGUGGACGAUGCCCGUCUUGGCACCAGCCGUCCUUCAUCCGCUACUUGGGAUGGCUGCGCCUCUGUACCAGCUGCUCCCCAUGAUCACGCACGUCUCACUGCAGCAGAGAUGUGGUAAUCUGACAGGGUCGUCUCCGCCAGUGGUCCCUGGAGGCGUUGAAGGCGAGCCUCAGGCUGACAGCGGCUGGCUCUCGCACGAAGAUCUCGACUUGGCACUACGGGGCUGGUCCUCGCCAGCGUCCCCAUCGGACGAGGAGUAUCACCCAUACAGACACCUCGCAUACGAAGCCGAGGCUGUCGGACUGGCUACCCAAUGGGCUACGCUCCUGCUCCUAAAUGAGGCCCCGUGGUCUGUUCCUCCAGGCCAUGAACCAGACCCCAGGGCCGCCACGGCCGUAGACAAUAUUCUCUCUGCCCUGUCCUUCGUUCGCCCGGGCUCUCAGAUGGAGGCCCGCAUGCUGUUCCCACUCUUCAUGGCCGGCCUCAGCAGCUGGACGAAAACGAAUCGGCUUAUGGUUGAGUACAGAUUAAACGUCAUGGAGAAGACGACCCCUGGUAUCUGGAUGGACGAAAUUUACCCUCUACAUCCCACAAUCACUGAAUACUCUGACAGCAUGCCCAUCAACAUCUCAUCUCUGGAAGCCAUUGCAAAGGGUGCCAACGUCUGGCUGGGACCAACCAUCAACAUUCAGCGAGGCCCCCUGGGAGGCCGUGGCGGCGAAUCCUGGUCCGAAGACCCCUAUCUCACCGGUGCCCUCUCUAGUGAGAUCGUCAAGGGUUGCCAAUCUCACGGUAUCAUUUCCACAAUCAAACACUUCGUGUGUAACGAGCAAGAGGAGGAUAAGAUCUCGAUCAACGUCAUCGUAACAGACCGCGCUUUGCGCGAGAUUCACCUGCGUCCCUUCCAGUUGGUCGCCCGGGACGCCUCGCCUCGGGCUCUCAUGUCAUCCUACAACAAGGUCAAUGGAGAGCACUGCUCUGAGAGCAAAUUCUUCCUUGAUGAACUGGUUCGAGGGGAGUGGGGUCAAGAUCCUCUAAUUAUGUGUGACUGGCUUGGUCUCUACACGACGGCAAAGGCAGUCAACAACGGCUUAGAUCUGGAGAUGCCAGGUCCGAGCGUUGUUCGUGGACAGGCGUUGGCGACGGCAGUGGCAUCCGGGCUUGUCAAGAUGUCCACAUUAGACAAGAGAGCCCUUCGUGUGCUCAAGUUCGUGGAAGAGUGUAGCCGCGUCAAGGUGUCGGAGACUGAGGCUGAGAUCGAUUGCCCGGAAGACCGAGCACUGAACCGAAAACUCGCUUGCAACCCUAUUGUCAUGCUUAAAAACGACGGCAACAUUCUGCCUAUCCCCUCCACCAUCAAGAAGAUUGCCCUCAUCGGCUCCCAUAUGAAGGAUGCCGAUGUUGCCGCCACAGGAUCCACCGGCUUGGAGACGUAUUACACCCGUCACCCCUUUGAUUCGAUCAAGGAGAGGGUUGGGCCUCACGUGGAGGUCAGGUACGCCAUCGGCGCCACAACACAUAGACUUCUGCCGGUCCUCGACAGCAGAAAGACUGCCAGCAACAUUACUUUCAAUCUCUUCAACGAGCCGUACGGGACCAGGAAUCGUGAAUCGGUCGGCCUCAUAAACAUGAGAAAGUCCUACUUCACCUUUAUGGACUACUUGAACCCUAAGAUCAAGUCAGACACUUUCUAUGGCACCGUCGAGACCGAAUUCAAGCCAGACACGACCGGCACCUGGAAGUUCGGCCUCUGCGUCAGCGGCACGGCCGAUCUCUACCUGGACGAGGAGCUGAUCAUUAAUAAUAGCGAGAUCCAGAAACCCGGGCACUCAUUCUUCAACAUGGGAACUCAGGAGGAAUACUGCUUGAAGAAACUCGAGGCAGGUCGCAUCUACAAGGUCAGAGUCGAGUUUGGCAGUGCUCCCACGUCGAAACUGCCCAGUGCCGCAUUCACCUUUGGCGGUGGUGGCUUCCGCGUGGGCGCUUGUCUGGACUUUACUCCCGAGGAGGCCCGACAGCAGGCAGUCGAGGCCGUCAAGGACGCAGACUACGCUGUUAUCUGCACAGGACUCGGCGGCGAGUGGGAAGGCGAGUGCUUGGACAGGACGCACAUGGACCUGCCCCCCAACGUGGACAAGAUGAUCGCCGAAAUCGCAGCAGUGUGCCCGAAGACCAUCGUGGUGAACCGCUCAGGCAUGCCAGUGCAUAUGCCUUGGGUGAAGCAAGUUCCGGGUAUCUUCCAGGCCUGGUACGGCGGCAACGAAUCGGGCAGCUCCAUCGCCGAUGUGCUCUUCGGUGACCACAACCCGUCUGGCAAGAUGCCCAUCUCGUGGCCCGAGAGGAUCGAGGACAACCCGGCCUACCUCCAUGUCGGAUCCUCCCGAGGUCGUCUACUGUUUGGUGAGGAUAUCUACGUGGGCUACCGCUGGUACGACAAGAUGCGCAAUAAGCCCCUUUGGGAAUUCGGUUACGGCUUAUCCUACACCACCUUCAGUUUCUCCGAGCCCACCAUCAAGCCCGACUACCACUCGACUGCCAGGCGAUGCUACGAGCCUCACCCUCACACUCAUACCGUGACCGUCAAAGUCAAGAACACGGGCGACUUCGGUGGGGCUGAGAUUCUGCAGUUAUAUGUAUCAGGGCCCGAGUCAAGCGCCGCGCAUCGCCCCAUGCGUGAGCUUCACGGUUUUGGAAAGGUAUUCCUCCAGCCUGGGGAGGAAAAGGACGUUCCAAUUACGCUGGAUGCUUACGCUUUCUCUUUCUGGGAUGAGAUUGAGAACAACUGGUGCGAGGAAAAGGGCAAGUACCUCAUAACGGUGAGUGCGGGCUCUAGAAGCGAGACCAAAACUUGCGAGGUUACUAAGGAGGAGACAUUUCACUGGCGGGGCUUGUGA